GAUCUGCUGUUAUGACUCAUCUUGAGCAAAGCACAAGAGAACAAACCGGAUUUUCACUCGGUUAGGGUCACCAAGCAAGUAGCCUCCACUCUGGGCAUGGACAAUGGAUACUUUAAAUCUGGCUGUGAACGCUGUGUCCUACACUGUGGCAGCGGAACUCUCCACUGCUGAUGAUCCGUUCAAUGGACCCAUCAAAAACAUCGCGCCUUGGAACUUCACUAUCUUGGCCGUGCUUAUGUUUGUGGUCACCUCGCUCUCUCUCAGCGAAAAUUUCCUCGUCAUGUUUGUCACUUUCAAGUUCAAACAACUUAGACAGCCCCUGAACUACAUUAUAGUUAAUUUGGCCAUCGCUGACUUUCUGGUCUCCCUCACUGGUGGACUAAUAAGUUUCCUCACAAACGCCAGGGGUUAUUUCUUUCUUGGGAAGUGGGCUUGCGUCUUGGAGGGGUUCGCUGUUACUUUUUUCGGUAUCGUGGCCCUGUGGUCCCUGGCCGUUCUGUCCUUCGAGCGAUUCUUUGUGAUCUGCCGACCUCUGGGGAACAUCCGACUGCAAGCAAGGCAUGCGAUCCUGGGUCUGCUGUUUGUCUGGACCUUCUCCUUCAUCUGGACCUUCCCUCCAGUGCUGGGUUGGAACAGAUACACUAUAAGCAAGAUCGGAACCACCUGUGAGCCUGACUGGUAUUCAACCAAUAUCACAGACCAUAGCUACAUCAUCACUUUCUUUGCCACCUGCUUCAUUCUGCCCCUUGGAGUGAUAUUCUUCUGCUAUGGAAAGCUCUUGCGGAAACUCAGGAAGGUGUCUCAUGGUCGUUUGGCCAGUGCCAAGAAGCCUGAGCGGCAGGUGACCCGUAUGGUGGUGGCGAUGAUUGUGGCAUUCAUGGUUGGCUGGACACCGUACGCAGCCUUCUCCAUACUAGUCACAUUUCAUCCGUCCAUUGAACUCGAUCCGAGGAUGGCUUCCAUCCCCGCCUUCUUUUCCAAGACAGCCACUGUCUACAACCCAAUCAUCUACGUCUUCAUGAACAAACAGUUCAGGAAGUGCCUAAUCCAGCUCUUCACCGGCAGGGGCACCAUCCCAGACAACAUGAACCAGACGUCAGAACGACCUGGAAUUACUGCUGAGAGUCAAACAGGAGAAAUGUCAGCCAUCGCGGCCCGUAUCCCUGUGGGUGGUACAGCGUCGCCAAGGUCUGACGACUCUCCAACCGACUGUGGCUCCUUCGCCCAGCUGCCCAUCCCAGAGAACAAAGUGUGCCCGAUGUAA